GUUAUGCAACAUCAUUGACAUCGACACUUCAAUAACAUUUUCCUGUAGCACGAUCUGUGAAGGACAUGGCACAAAAGUGACAACUUUUCGCCACUUGCCUAUCCUACAGAUUUUGCGUUGUGUAAGCGGAUAAGAGACAUGCAUUUAUGUUUCGGAGGAAAGUGAUGACGUACGUUUAAUAGAUUUUGUGCAUCCAAUUGAAGCAUAAAGGACGGUUUUUGACGUGUUGACAAAGUAAUCCAAGUAAUUUUGUGCUUGUAGUGUUUGAUAUGUAAUUUGUGAGCACAUUCCAAAAUCGUAUAAUCUAAGAAGCGUUUCUCCAGAAAGUAUAAACUGCGGCCAGGUGGUUUUACUACAGUUUGUUAAUUCCAGCAAGUACCUAAUCAUCAGCCAAAAUGCCGCGUAUUAUGAUAAAAGGUGGCGUUUGGAGAAAUACCGAGGAUGAAAUUCUAAAAGCAGCUGUAAUGAAAUAUGGCAAAAAUCAAUGGUCACGAAUUGCAUCUCUUCUUCAUCGAAAAUCUGCCAAACAGUGCAAGGCUAGGUGGUAUGAAUGGUUAGAUCCUAGUAUCAAGAAAACAGAAUGGAGCCGUGAAGAAGAUGAGAAACUUCUUCAUUUAGCAAAACUAAUGCCAACACAGUGGCGAACAAUUGCGCCAAUUAUUGGACGGACAGCUGCCCAAUGUCUUGAAAGAUACGAGUAUCUUUUAGAUCAAGCUCAAAAAAAAGAAGAAGGUGAAGAUGCUGCUGAUGAUCCUCGUAAGUUGAAGCCUGGAGAAAUUGAUCCCAAUCCAGAAACAAAACCAGCACGCCCAGAUCCCAAAGAUAUGGAUGAAGAUGAAUUGGAAAUGCUAUCAGAAGCCCGUGCUCGACUUGCCAACACACAGGGAAAGAAAGCAAAACGUAAGGCACGUGAAAAACAGCUUGAAGAAGCAAGACGGUUAGCAGCUUUACAGAAACGACGAGAACUUCGUGCUGCAGGUAUAGAAUUAGCUGCUCGAAAGAAGAAGAAGAGAGGUGUGGACUACAAUGCUGAAAUACCAUUUGAGAAAAGGCCAGCCCCAGGUUUUUAUGAUACAAGCAAAGAGGAAUUGGACACCUCUGCCCCUGAUUUUGCUCGUUUACGACAACAACAUUUAGAUGGUGAACUUCGCACAGAAAAGGAAGAGAGAGAUCGGCGAAAGGACAAACAAAAAUUAAAACAACGUAAAGAGAAUGAUAUUCCAGUGGCAAUGUUGCAAAAUCAAGAACCAGCAAAAAAGAGAAGUAAAUUGGUUUUACCUGAACCUCAAAUAUCAGAUCAGGAACUUCAACAAGUAGUUAAACUCGGUCGAGCCAGUGAAGCUGCUAGGGAAGUGGCUACAGAAGGUGGUCAACAAGCAUCUGAUGCUUUAAUCGCUGAUUACUCCCUGACCCCCGCGGGUGCUACUAGGACACCCCGCACACCUGCUCCAACGACAGACAGAGUAUUGCAGGAAGCACAGAAUAUGAUGGCCUUGACGCAUGUUGACACUCCUUUGAAGGGUGGCCUGAACACUCCCCUGCAAAGUUCUGAUUUUAGUGGAAUUACUCCACAAAGGGAGGUGGUUCAAACUCCAAAUACUGUAUUGGCCACUCCUUUCCGAAGUCAGCGAAGUGAUGGACGCACCCCUGGUUCAGUUGCGGGAUUUAAUACUCCACGAUCUGAAGUUGGGACUACAAGUAGUAGACAUAAUCCCACCCCUAUUAGAGACAAGUUGAGCAUUAAUCCUGAAGAGGGCUUGGAUGUUGGUGAUACACCACAAGCUUUCAACAAUUAUCAGCGUCAGUUGAAGGAGCAGCUGCGUCAAGGCCUGAGUAGUUUGCCAGCUCCAAGGAAUGACUAUGAAAUAGUUGUUCCUGAAGAGGAGGAAUCUGAGCCAGUUCCUGAAGCUGGGAACUCUGUUGAAGACCAAGCAGAUGUAGAUGCCAGGUUUGCUGCUGAACUUCGUGCCAAAAAGGAACAAGAACUUCGCAGCCGAUCCCAAGUUGUUCAGAGAGAGCUUCCUCGACCAGUAGAUAUCAACAUGGCUGUUUUACGUCCUCCACACACAGAUCCUCCUCUCACUGAACUUCAGAAGGCUGAGGAGCUUAUUAAGAAGUGAAAUGAAAAACAAUGUUACAUUAUGAUUCUGUUUUAUUCACCUGUUGACCCGAGGUUAAAAGACGAAAAACAAGCUGCCCACUCAAGCUCAGCAUUUGGCUUACCUUGAGCAACCCCAUACAUGACAAUUCACCACUAGGAACAGCUGGAUCAGUCUCGGGAACUUCUGAAACAAGAAAUGGAAGUAGUGAAACAAGGAAUGGGUCAUGGGGAGUUGUCACUAGAAUCCUACACCCAGGUGUGGGAAGAAUGUCUUGCUCAGGUUUUAUUUUUACCAAAUCAAAACCGUUACACUCGAGCAAAUCUUGCCAGCAAAAAGGAUAGGCUUGAGUCUCUUGAAAAGAGGCUUGAACAAAACAGAGGACACAUGACUAGAGAAGCGAAAAGGGCUGCAAAGAUGGAGAAGAAACUGAAAAUCCUUACUGGAGGGUACCAGUCACGUGCUCAAGCUCUGAUUAAACAACUUCAUGAUUUGUAUGAGCAACUUGAACAAUCACACCUAGAAUUGUCUACCUUUAAGUUCCUGCAGCAACAAGAAAUGGCUGCUAUUCCGAGGAGAAUGGAGUCACUGACAGAAGAUGUUAACCGUCAAACAGAACGAGAGAAAGCACUCCAGAAGAAGUUUGGGGAACUUCAGCUCACUCUAGAACAGUUGCAACUUCAACAACAACCAAUCUAAACUCUUAGUGAAAUCUUCUUUGUACAUUUAUGAAUUCUUAAAAUAAUGUUUCACUAAUGUUUAUUCAUAGAAGACGUCUGAUUUUACAGAUGGAAGCAAUGCAUUGUGACUUAAUUAUGUAAAGAAAUUGCCUUUAUCUUGCAUGAACUAAAUAAAUAUAUUAGAUUUAAAAGGUUAAGAAUGAUUAAAUCUGCUUCGAAUCCCUUCACAUCUUAACUUCAAUGGUUUUUGCCUACUUUUAUGGAGCGAGUUAGUUUGAAGUCAUCAUGAAGCAACAGUAGACGCACAAGUGUGAGGUACACUUUUGGAUGUCAUAUUUUUUCACUAUUCACCCUGUCAAACUGUAGCAGGUUACUUCAUUUCCCAUCAACUGGUUCAAAACUAUUGAAGGAGUGAAAGUAAAACAUUGCUUGGACUCUUGCUGAAGUUCAUAAAUACAU